AUGUUCCAAGACCACAAAUUCGACGAGGAAACUUUAUCCAAAAUUGCUGACAUGAUGGAUGCAGAAAACGACGAAAUUCCACCCUUUGAUCUGGACAUGUUCGUCCGCCAUCUCAAAGAACUGAUAGCUGCUCCCGCUCACCUGAAAAUCUACGCCCUCGCCCGCAAAAUCCUCAAGCACGAGCAUCAGCGCCCCUUCGCCGAGCGCGUGCCCGACCUCGCCGAGACCAAACUGACACUCGUUAUCAAGAAUCCGGAUGAGCCGGGCUUCUCCCUCGCCGGCGGGGCUGAAAAUGGCCUCUCCAUUUUCGUCGACGAUGUUUCUUUCAAUCUGAAGACAAGGAAGUCGACCAUGAAUCCCUUUGGAAAGAAGCUGCAAAUUGGCGAUCAGAUUCUUUCAGGAAUCGUUCGCCCCUGCGGCUACUACCCCGUCAUCGAAAGCGGCAAAGACGUCAGGUGGGAAUUCAACGGCGCGUACGACUACAAGAACGAAAUUACCACAGUGCUGAUUCAGCUUGGCUCGGACGAAAAACACGGCCUGGGCGUGAUGGAACAUGUUGGGAAAUAUGUUAUCCACAGGAUUCAGCCUGGCGCUGUAGCAGACAAAAUCGGCCUCAAAGUCGGCGACAAAAUAGAACGACUAGACGGCGAAUCCUUGGCGAAAAAGUCGAUGCACGAUGUAACGAUUGCCUUGAAAAAGAAAGAAGUCUCGUUUUCGUUCAAAACCGCCAGCAGAAAUGAGCUAGAAACAUUCCUCGAGGACUUGAAGAGCUCGCGCAAGGCAACAGAUUAUCAAAAGACGAUUCUGGCGAUUCAGCAGCGCAUCGGAAUCAAGCCAGAGACGGAAACCAACGACAAAACAAAUUUUCUGGGGAGCAACGAGACGACAAGCAAGCGAAAAAGCAUAAUUCACCGCGCCGCUGAAAUCAACAACGACCAGCCAAACAAACGCGUAGUCCGCCCAAGCGUCCGCAAAACCGUCUCCUUCGACCAGCCCGAUUCGGCGCCAAAGAACUGGAACUUCAACCCAGAGGAUUUGGCCAGAAUCAAAGAAAAAGAAGAAGCAAAAGAAGCGCAAAAAAUCACGGAAAAAGAAGCACCGCAGCUGGACAAAUCGCUAGAAGAAGAAGUCGUCAUUGAUUCAAAACCGGAAAAACUGACAAUUGCCAAAUCAAAGACGCAGACCAUUCUAGAGCGAAAAUUCCGAGAAAACUUGGCGCAGCAUGGCGGGCGAGGGACAAUCACUGUCCCCCAAAAUAUGCGAAAAAUUCAUAAAAAAACCGGGGAGAAGUAUAAGAUCGACGUGACUGACCGUUUCCAAGUGGAUUUCUACCUCGAUUCGGAGGGCCAAUGCGCUCUGAAAUCCGUUGAAUGGGUAAAAGUCAAAGCUGGAGUCGAUUUUAAGCAAACUUCUGUCCUUCCCGGCGAUCAAAUUUUAAGCAUUGACGGCGCUGAUUGUCAAGGAAAAUCAAUGUUUCACAUCCGAACAAAGCUGCAAGACCGCAGCAAAGAAAAGUCCACGGAAAUCGAGGUCUUUCACACAAAAAGGACAGUAGGAGACGUUCUGAAACACGCGAACACUGCUGUAACUGAAUCUUCUCCUUCGAAACCGAGCCCGAAAGCUGAAAAGAGCGAAAAGCAAGAGGAAGCAAAGAAAGAAUCAACGAAGGCGAGUUCGGCGGCUCAUCCCUCCUCGACUGCCGCGGACAAAGCAAAUCCAGUGAAGCCAUUAGCCACAGCCUUUUGA